AUGACCUACAGUGAUGGAAAGACAUUCUCCAGUGUUGAUGGUUGUAACAACUGUACCUGUACUGCUGGAAAGGUCACCUGCACAAAUGAGACAUGCGGAGUCUCCUGUAACUAUGCCAACAAGACCUACAGUGAUGGAAAGACAUUCACCAAUAGUGAUGGUUGUAACAACUGUACCUGUGCUGCUGGAAAGGUCUUGUGCACAAAUGAGACAUGCUCACUUUCAAAUUGCGAUUACAACGGACAUCAGUAUGCUAGCGGUGCCACAUUCAAGUCAGAUGACAACUGUAACUCUUGCUUCUGCACGAAUGGAGUGGUGGGAUGCACAAAGAUGGCCUGCAUAGACACAUGUGAGACACAGAAGCUGCGGGAAUGUUUCCUGGAUCUGGUAGAUACAACGUUCUACGCCAUGACAGAGCCAAACAAACUGUGGAUGUGCAGAUCAAAGGAUGCUGUCCAGUCAUGCGUGGAGAGGAACCUGAAGGUGUGUCAGAAAGAGUUUGGGGCAGUGAUGACCGCUGUUCUGACCCCUCAUGUCCGCGUGAUGACCACACUGACCGAUGCCUUCUGCAGCAUGGACUAA